AUGAGUCAGCAUUAUGAACAAUACGCGUGCGCCAAUAGCCUGAGUACGGAUUAUGAACAAUACGCAUGCGUGGACAUAAUGAAAGGACAAGUGCCUACACCUGAGCGCACGCGCCACCCACUGGUACUGCAGAGGAAGAAAGCACAGUUAAAGAAGAGAUCUGAAUCUGGCUACGAACUUCUGACACCUCGGUGUGGAAAUGCAGAGAACAAUGGUUCCCUGGUUUGGUGCCAGAAUCACAAGCAAUGUUCUAAGUGCCUGGAGCCCUGCAAGGCGUCCUGGGACCUGCGGAAGCAGCAGUGCCAGAGCUUCUGUGAGCCUCUGUUCCCCAAGAAGAACUAUGAAUGCCUGACCAGCUGUGAGUUCCUCAAGUACAUCCUGUCGGUGAAGCAGGGCGAUUGCCCAGCCCCCGAGAAAGCCAGCGGCUUUGCUGCCGCCUGCGUUGAAAGCUGUGAAGUGGACAACGAGUGCUCGGGGGUGAAGAAGUGCUGUUCCAAUGGCUGUGGACACACCUGCCAGGUGCCCAAGACCCUGUACAAAGGUGUCCCCCUGAAGCCCAGGAAAGAGUUACGAUUUACGGAGCUGCAGUCUGGACAGCUGGAGAUUAAGUGGUCCUCGAAGUUCAACAUUUCCAUCGAGCCUGUGAUCUACGUGGUGCAGAGACGGUGGAAUUAUGGGAUCCAUCCGAGCGAAGACGAUGCCACACACUGGCAGACAGUAGCCCAGACCACGGAUGAGCGGGUCCAGCUGACCGACAUACGGCCCAGCAGGUGGUACCAGUUCCGAGUGGCUGCCGUCAACGUGCACGGGACCCGGGGCUUCACAGCCCCCAGCAAACACUUCCGCUCCUCCAAAGACCCGUCCGCACCACCGGCUCCGGCCAACCUCCGGCUUGCAAACUCCAGCAUAACCAGCGACGGGAGCGUGACGGUGACAGUCGUCUGGGACCUGCCCGAGGAGCCAGACAUCCCGGUGCACCACUACAAGGUGUUCUGGAGCUGGAUGGUCAGCAGCAAGUCACUUGUGCCCACGAAAAAGAAGAGGAGGAAGACUACAGACGGGGCCCAGCGCGCAGUGACCCUGGAGCGGCUGCAGCCCGACUGCGACUACACGGUGGAGCUGCAGGCCGUGUCGUACUGGGGCCAGACGCGCCUCAAGAGCGCCAAGGUCUCCCUGCAGUUCACGUCCACACGCGCCGCCCACAACAAACACCACCUUGGGAAAACUAGGAAAAGUGAGGUGCAGGUACAGCCCCCCUUCCAAAGGCGACGGCCCUCGCGCCUCCUGGAAAUCGGAGCCCCGUUCUACCAGGACAGCCAGCUGCAAGUGAAGGUCUACUGGAAGAAGACGGAAGAUCCCGGUGUCAGUCGGUAUCACGUGCAGUGGUUUCCAGAAGUCUGCGCCCACAACGCAUCCGCCGGGCUGGAGGCGUCCUCGGGCACGACCCAGGAAAAUUACAUGAUUCUCCAAGAUCUGUCAUUUUCCUGCAAAUACAAGGUGACCGUCCAACCAGCGCGGCCGAAGGGCCGCUUGAAGGCAGAAACCGCUUUCUUUAUGACUCCGCCGUGCUCCGCUCUCAAGGCGAAAAACCACAAGCACGUGAGCUGCCCCGGAGAAGCAGGUCACGUACAUUCCAGGGGUCCCGCCAAGCCCGAGAACCUGUCUGCCUCCUUCGUGGUCCACGACGUGAACAUCACGGGGCACUUCUCCUGGACAAUGGCCAAGGCCCACCUCCUGCAGCCCAGGACCGGCUUCCAGGUGACGUGGGCCGAGGUCACGACUGAGAGCAGACAGAACAGCCUGCCCAACAGCAUCAUCUCGCAGUCCCAGAUCCUGCCCUCGGAUCAUUACGUCCUGACAGUCCCCAACCUGAGGCCGGCCACCCUCUACCGCCUGGAGGUGCAGGUGCUGACCGCGGGCGGGGAGGGCCCCACCACCAUCAAGACCUUCCGCACCCCGGACCUCCCGCCUCCGGCGGCUGCGCACCGGCCCCACCUUAAACACCGUCAUCCCCAGCAUUACAGGCCUUCUCCAGGAAGAUUCUGAGCUGCUCCCCGGGGAGCCUGAACCGCGCGGACCUGCGCGCUAGCGGGACGUCCAGGACUAGCCCGCCUCCCGGCGGGAGCGGGAGGUGCUUGCAGGGACCUCACGCUCCCGUCCACCCGCCGUGCCCCCGCCUUCCGCCGGCCCUGGACGCACCUGGAAGCCAGCGACGGACACCCAGCCAGCCCCCGGGGGUGGGGAGACCAGGCCUCAUCCUGCCUCCCAGUGUGGCCUGGCCAACCCAAGCGCAGCCCUGCAGGCCUGACACGUCCCUGACCUGGGAGCCGCGACUUCGCAAAACACUCCGGCGCAGCGCAGUUUCCGCACGUCCGAGGCAGAAAGGUACCAGCCAACGUUCUGAAGUUCAGUUAUUGAUUUGAUUGGAAAACCCCACUAAGCUUAGACAGUUUUAGGGCCGACUUACUCAGAUAUUUCUUGAGAUGCUUUUUAUCACGUGUGAUUUCUUUUGUAACUGAAAAUUUGUGACCUGCCAUAUACCAGUUAAUUACAACUUAACGAGCACCCACUUCAAGCACCAAAGCUCCAUUUUGUACGAAGGCAAGUAAGAGUUCUGAAAACGAGGAUGAGCAGAACAAACACAUCCACGACAGGAGGGUGUCAGUCAGUGCUCUAUGCUGCUACCCAGGCUCUGCCUUGGAGAAAUUAAAAUGCUUUUCUGGGGAUACUUUUAAAUGUUUCAUCCUACAGUACGGGAGAUUUCCCUGAUACAUUGUUUAUUUUUCCCUUAGUGUGGAAAUCAGCUGCUGGUGUACUUUGUCACUUUCAUGGAUCGAAAACUUGACAAAACCUCUUGCUUGAAAGGAAAGAAUCCCAACUAUCGCAUAUUUCCUAAUCUUUACUGCGACUUGCUUUUUCUUAAUCAAAGCAAGCUAUUGGUGUGGCAGAAAUAAAAAUCUCCGUGCAGUAAAGAAAGGCAGAGGGGCUUUGAUGGGUACAGAAUGACAGCUGUUUACCUUUGAUUAACCUUUCUUUACUCUUUACUCUUUCAAAUCUAUUAUCUCUUAUUUGAAAAAAUGUUCUCAGGCUCUGAACUGUCCCUUUAUAGCAUACACUCUAGUCGUCAAAACAUGUUGUCAACAUAUAGCAUUGCAAGAUAUACUGGGGCAGCCUUAAACCCCAAAAUGUUUAGUUUAAUACAGUUUUUCCCUCAAAAUACCCACAUACACGUUUUGAAAUAGGCGUAUGUGUAUGUGAGUCUGUAUAUGCAUGUGUGUGUACAUGCAUAUAUGUACCUGUAAAAAUACACACAAACUCACACACACACACAUGCCUGAAGUAGAAAUCACUUGAACUGUUUUCACAGCUCACCAAGCUGGAUAAAGAUACGGUUCUUCUAAAGAUCAUGAGGACAAUCUAUUUUCCCCACUGAUACUGGUUCUAUGAGGAAAGAGCAACUUUUCAGAAUCCAACAGUUUAAUGGGAAGGCUCCCUCGUGUCAUGCUCUACACAGGUCAAGUCAAACAAGGGCAUUUUUAGGAUCGGUUUCCUUGGGUUUUUGCGCCGGGACUUGGUGGCGGGCAUUUUGUCGAGGUUCCUGAGGGCCGGCAGGUGCCCUGACCGCUCCCGGCAGGUGGAAGAGAAGACAGAAGUUUGCUGUGUGAGGCUUCACGCUCUGUCUAAAAGCAGAGGCCACAGAAGACGCAGAGCACCUAUUUCUACUGCUACAUUCAGGAUGCCUACCAUUCAGGAACACAGCCUUCCUACCGUGGUUAGGGAAACCCCCUGGUCCCGCCAGUUACGUAUUUUGAGUGGAGAGAACAGGAAAUGCGGCCUUCAUUUGAAACACCCCUGAGCCUGAGCAAACAUCUUCUCUGAAACUACCAUUUAUUCCACUGCCACUCCCAGCACCUGAAUUCCAAAUUCUUAAAAUUUCAAAAGUGAAGACUUCAAAUUAUUGGCCACGAGUGUCUCCUCUACCUUAAUUUGCCCUAAACAAAUCCAGGUAUUUGUGCCAGCAAAUCUUUGUACUGUUGUAUAGUUUAAAAUGCAGGCAUAUAUGCAGAGAUACAAAAUACUAUUAAAUUAUUAAGUAAGUUUACUUUUAUAACAUUUAACGAUGUUUCUUUUAAAUAGACAUUGAGUGAAUAUAUUUUUAGUUCAGAUAAAGGUUCUAAAGCUUACACCUUCCUUGAAAACUCUAAAGCAGCUCUUAUGAGCAUUUAAUUUUUCUAUAAUGUUCAGUAAUUUAAAUUUCAUUAGUCUUAUUGGAAGAAAAAAUGCUAUAAAUUAGGCAAUAAAAAUGGUUCUUUGGUAAAUUUCAGUCAUCUUCUAUAAUAUGCACAUGAGCAAAGACAGAAUGACAACUUUCUGAAUUUUUCAAAUGUGACUGCCCUAAUAAAAAGCUGAAAGUGUUUGUUUUUUAUUUAAAACAUAGUUUUAGUGGCUGAUUCUGUGAUAUGUUUUGCUGAAAUUAGAUGCAUUUCUCUCAUAAAAAAAUACAAAGUGAUAGUAGUUACUCUCUAAAAAACUGAGCUUAUGAGAAGUAUGCAGUCACCCAACACAGGGGCUCACUCAGUUUACAUCACAGCUUCGUGUUCUGUUUAUUGAGAGCGUCCGUCCUCAGCGGUGGGCUGAUCUGCACUGCCCUGUGGUCUAAGUGGACUCUCUGGGGCCAUAAACAAAUGCGUGUCCCUUCACAACAGCCGCUGGUUUAGUAUGACAUAUUAAAGACAGUAAGGUUGAUGACAGGUAAUGUUUUGAAAUGCUUGUUAAACAAAAUUCAAAGUUUAAAAAUACCUCUCUGCCCCAGAAACCUGAAAGAACCUAUAACCCACCACAGAGCUGGCUUUCUGCCCUCAGCACUGCUGAGAUCUGGGGCUGCGUGGUCCUCCGUGGUGGGACGUCCUGGGCACUGUAGGAUGGUGAUGCCAGGAGUGCCCCCCCACAACAGGUGUAACCAGCACCAGGUCCCAGACGUCGCCCACCAUCCGGGGGAUGAGGGUGCCCCCGGUGGAGAGUCGCUGCGUCCAGGGUAAUCGUUACUGAAGGAUGAGAAUCUGCCCUGGGUGGGGAACCAAGUAAACUGCAGGAGAAGCGACGGCUGGGAGGUUAUCACACGCGACUUCAAAGCCCUACAUGUACCUUUUAUCUCCACUGAAAAAGCUGACGAGAAGGCUGAGUUUGGGCUUGCGUCUGCCUCACAAGGACGCACGGGCGUUCUGUCCUACGGCUCCAUCCCCAUCACCUGUGGUAACGGCGCGUUCACUUAGUGCCCCUUCCUACAGCGGCGGCAGUGGCGUGUGCCGUGGAGACAAGUGUCCUGUCCUCAUUCCUGGGACUGCAAAUCUCUCUCAAUCUUGUUAUGCGAACGUUCACAUUGUCACCAGAACACAGAGGCUAAGUACCUGUUGCAUGUACUUUAAAAUUCACUUAAAAUACAAAUAAACGCGUGAAGAAGGCGACUCUGCUCUGUGGUUUUGCAUGGACUCACCGUGUUCUGAAUGUUUUACCAAGUCACACAGCUCACAGAGUAAUGACCACAGGUCUGUACGCAGAGCUGUCAUUACUUCUUGUUUACUUAAUUACAUUGUAGUGUGCAGAUGACAGAACGGCUCCCUUCUCAUCCAGACGGUUUAUAGACACGUCCUUUAGAGUGGUCGCUUAAAGUCAAUAUUUAUUUAUGUAUGUAAUAAAAAAGGUUGAUUUCUGUGUGUGUGUCUGUCAUGUUUAGAGAGAAGUAAUCUUGUAAAAAAAAGUUUGUAAAAAACAAAAAAGUAUUGUAAAUAGACACUUAUCGAUUGUAAGUAGAUACUCCGUGACUCACUGUCUUCAUGUUAGAGUUUGUACAUACUGAUUCCCUAAUAAAGGAUCUUUAAACCUGC